UAGACUCUUCCCUCUGUGGCCCGAGGCAGACUCGUACAAUUCCUACAGUGAAUUUUGGCCGCCAACUAUCGCGCUCCAAUCCCCCUGCCAAGACCGGCACCGGCGGUCCGGCACGCGCCGACGCGCGCUCGCGCCCCACGGCUACAAAGAGGAAGCUAGUAUUAGCUACAAAGAGGGGGGAAGCACGGCACGUAUAGCUGAAGCCUGAAAGGGAUGAUGGAUCGCCUCGGACUCGGAGGCAUCAGGCUGCGGAAGCCGGUGCUGCUGUCGAUCGACAACACGGCGCCGGCGCCCGCGGGGGAGGAGACGGUGGAGAAGGCGGGGGAGGAGGAGCCGGUGAGCCCAGCGGGGCGGCUGUUCCGGGAGCCGCACUUCAGCUGCUACGUCGUGUGCUCGUUCGGCGUCGCCGAGCCGGUCGACCUGCCCGCCGUCCGCGCCGGGAUCGAGGCCACCCUCGCGCGCCACCCGCGCUUCUGCAGCAUCCAGGUGUUGGACGAGUUGGAGAAAGGCGCGAAGCCAAAGUGGGUCCGGACCAAGGUGAACCUGGACGACCACAUCAUCGUCCCGGAUCUGGGCCCCACCGACACGUCGGCCGACCCCGAGAAGGCCGUGGAGGACUACGUGUCGUCCCUGUCAACGGCGUCCAUGGCCAUGGACCACUCCCGCCCGCUCUGGGAGCUCCACGUCCUCGACUUCCCCACCGCCGAGGCCGCCGCCACCGUCGCGCUCCGCGUGCACCACUCCCUCGGCGACGGCGUCUCGCUGCUCUCCCUCCUCAUCGCCUGCACCCGCCGCGCCGACGACCCGGGCGCGCUCCCGGCGCUCCCGUCCGCCGGCCGCCGCGCCCGCGACGGCCCGCUGUACGCGCUGCCCCGCCCGCCGCUCGCCGCGGGCGCCCUCGCGCUGGCCGCCUGGGCCUUCUCGUACCUCCUGCUCGUGUGGCACACGGUGGUGGACGUGGUCUGCUUCGCGCUGACGGCGGCGUCGCUCACGGGCGACGCGCGCACGGUGCUCAAGGGCGAGGAGGGCGCCGAGUUCCGGCCCAGGCGCUUCGUGAACCGCACGCUCAGCCUCGACGACGUCAAGGCCGUCAAGAACGCCAUGGGAUGCACUGUAAAUGAUGUGCUGGUUGGAGUGAGCUCUGCAGCAUUGUCCCGGUAUUAUUUCAGGAGAACAGGUGAAAGUGAGGGAAAGAGCAUCAAGGUGCGAACCGCUCUAAUGGUCAACUUGAGGCCGACGCCUGGGCUACAUGAACUGGCCAAAAUGAUGGAGUCUGGCAAGAACAACGGCGUGAAAUGGGGCAAUCAGUUUGGCUACAUGAUCUUGCCGUUCCACCUAGCCAAGCACGAUGACCCUCUGGAGUACGUCCGUAAAGCGACCAAGGUGACCCGCAGGAAGAAGAGCUCCAUGGAGGCGAUCUUCACCUACUGGAGCGCCGACAUGGUUGUCAAAAUUUUCGGUAUCAAGGCGGCAGCUUCGCUGUGCUACGGCAUGUUCUCGAACACCACUCUGUCGUUCUCCAACCUGGCCGGGCCGAGAGAGCAGAUAGUGUUCUGCGGCAAUCCGAUCGUUUACAUCUCCCCAACCAGCUACGGCCACCAGCAUGCCUUGACAUUGCAUUGGCAGAGUUACAUGAACAUUGUCAAGCUAGCUCUCGCAGUGGAUGAAACCCAGUUUCCAGAUGCUCAUGAGCUACUGGAUGACUUCACCGAGUCUCUGAGGCUCAUUCGGUACGCAGCUUCAAGAGAGGCAGAGAAGACACAAGAUGGCUCUUAGAGUAGACUGUGGACAGAAAAAAAAUUGCUGAAGAUGCUGACUGUUCUGUACUGUAAUUGAGUUCAUUCUUUCCAAAGGAUUUACAGUAUAGAAGGAAGAAGGAGAGUAGAUAUCAGGGGGGGGGGGGGGGGGA